AGAUGCAGUCGUUUCAAAAGCCUAUGAAACAUUAUCAUGAUUGCCACGAUCGUCUUUGAAGAUUAUUGCUCUCUUGACAGUACUUGAUAGCCCACUCAAUAAAGCUGGAAGGUUACAUAGUCUUUAUGUGCAAACAGAAAGGAAUGUUCUCAUACAAAUCAGUCCGCAAAUACGUAUUCCAAGAACGUUUAAGCGAUUUAACAAUCUCAUGUCUGUUGCAAAAACUCAGUGUACGUGCUAGUAAUGGAUCUAAUAAAGUCUUGCGUACAGUAAAAAAUCCCGUAACUAAUUAUUUGCCUGCUAAUUGCCGGCGAAUAGGUCUAUCACGUAGUGCACCACGAGUAGUCAAUCUGCGUGAUUAUGUAAAUGCUGCAAGUGACGAUGAGCACCUUGUUUUUGUGGUUGGUGCUAUGGCCCAUGGAAAAAUCAAUGUGGAUAUAUUGAUGAUUUUAUUUCAGUUUCAGAGUUUCCACUUAGUGCUGCAUGCUGCAUUGGUCGCAUAUGUAAUGCGGUGGAGCAGAAAUGGAAGAUCUUGUAGUUCAUCACAUGCAAUUCGAGCUUUGGGACCACGCUUUUGAGCCAAAUACUGCAUGCUUAAUUAGUUGAGAAAACGGUUUGAAUGCAUCGGUGAUCUGCAUUUGAAUUACCGCAACAUUUCUCCAUGAGUUGUGUUUCUAUCUAUUUUAUUUGAUCUCUAAUCUCAUGGCUCAUGGAGAUUCCCCAUUUCUGUUCUUUUAUGUGGUUCCCCAAUAGCAUAUGAAAAAUAGUUCUGGGGGGCGCAUUUUCUUGAGACAAGUAGAUUUCUGUAUUGCAAAAUUAACAUCUGGAUUACGGUAGACUAGGAUUGUAAAUGGUUCGAUUUGGGAUAAAUCCAAAUAUACUUGAAACC